UCUCAUAGUUUCCAUACAUUACAAAACAGAGGAGGAUGUAAUUAGUACAUGAACUUGAAGUCAAGUAAACUGGAAUUUUCAAGCUGAUUUUCAGUAUAAAAGAAGAAGUGCGCAUAAAGUACAUUUACAGCUAUAAUGCAAAUAACUUGCAAGCUGUGAAAUUCUUAUCGCGUGCAAGGACAUGUUUAAAUUCAUCGUCAAGGAACGGAUUUUUUGUCCUCGUCACGAUCAAUUAGUUGAUUAAAGCCGUUGAAGGCACUUGAGAAAAGUCAUCAUAGUUGGUAUUCAAGAGCAAAAAAUUUAUUUUUAAAGGCGAAGAAUCUAUAAAUAUCUAGUUGAUUUUGUCAGCACACAAUGAUUUACACAGCAAGAGUUUUAAUGCUAGUUUUGUUAAUAUUAUGGACCUCGUCUGAAUUUCUAUCAUUCGGGCUUGGAAGGAAUCUUCAACGGCACCGACAAGCCAAAAUGAAAAGCAAAAGAAACAGGAGCAGUAUACUUGAUCUGAAAAUGCCAGGGUCUCGUCCACGAAAGGCAGAAGAGUAUCUAUGUACAUCGAGUCCAAGACUAUCAUCACAAACUUCCUACAUCGUUGAAUAUGAACCACAUGCUGAGGCAUCAACAGCACACCAUAUCCUUUUAAUUGGAUGCAAAUACCUUGCAUCUAGAUCAAGAAUUUGGAAAUGCGAUGGAAAUGUGUGUGAUGGAGAGGAACACAUCAUAUAUGCCUGGGCAAAGAAUGCAAAAGCAAUAAAAAUGCCAAAAGGUGUUGGUUUUGCUGUUGGCAGGAGCACUGGCAUAAAUUACAUUGCCAUGCAGGUUCAUUAUGCGCGGGCUUUAAAAGGAGCAGAAAGAGAUUAUUCUGGCAUCAAAAUUCAUAUGACUAAUGAAAGGGUGAAACAUCGAGCUAAUAUUUUCAUGCUGGGAGCUGGAGAAGCAAAGAUACCACCUCGGUCAAUCGGGUUUCAUGCAGACGUAGCUUGCAGAUAUGAGCGACCCUAUGAUCUGGUGCCGUUUGCAUUCAGGACACAUGCUCAUAGUACAGCCCGAGUCAUUUCUGGCUACAGGGUGCGUAAUGGCAAGUGGAAACUCAUUGGAAUUGGGAAUCCCCAACUGCCCCAGAUAUUUUACCCGAUUCCUCCUGAGAAGAGAGCAAUUAUACAUCGUGGUGAUAUUUUAGCUGGGAGAUGCACAUAUGAUACACCCCACAGAAAUCGAUGGACACAUAUGGGAGCAACAUCAAAGGAUGAAAUGUGCAAUUUUUACUUCAUGUAUUACAAGAUCUUCAAGGGGAAAAAAGGUAGUGAUCAAAGGGUCAGACAGUGGUAUGCCUCUGAUUGCGAAGACAUUGAAUACGGCAUAUCAAAAAAAGAGUUGCAGUUUCCUGCAGACUCUGAUAAGCUGCCUGCCAGCAUGAAGUUGAAUGGAACGAUGCAACACCAUCAUAAUCAUCAUUCAAUGUCAGGUGAUGACUUUGACGUUGAUGACGAUGCCGGCGACAGUGAUGCUGACAAAGAAAAUGAUGGCAGUGUUGGCGGAGAUGACGUCAACAAUGACGAUGGCGGCGAUGGUGGCGAUGAUGCCGACUCUAGGUCAGCCAAGUCUCGUCAAAUAGAUAAAGAGGAUGUGUUUGAUGGAUUUGAUCCAGACGAUCGAGAGUUGAAUGAACGACUUGGCUUGGAUGAAGUCCCCGAAGAGAAUACUGAUGAAGCGGUGACAAGGGGUUCUGAUACAGUUGCUAAUGAAGAAGAAAACGAGAAGCCGAAGCGUCACCAAAAAUUAUCAAAUGAUAAAGAAUCCGAACGGAAAAAAGCAGAGGCAAAAUUAAGACACGAUUCUAUGGAAUCAGAUCUCAACAAUCUUGUUACACCGAAAGAGAAGACACGUGCUGAUGUUGAUUUAAGAGAACAUACACCAAAAGCCAACGGUGAUUGGCCCUAUGAAAGAGAAGAGCUGAGGCAUAUUGGACAGGUCACAGCUUUAGGACUGAGCAAGAAAGAUUUGCUUAUUUUUCAUCGUGGUGACAGAGUAUGGAGUGAUGGGACAUUUGAUGGUCACGACCGUCUUAAUUCUGAAUAUCGAAAACAGAAGAUUUCUUCACCUACUAUCUACCACUUGGAUCCAGAAACAGGUGCUGUCAAGAAAAAAUGGGGGCAAAAUUUAUUUUACCUUCCCCAUGGACUCGUUGUUGAUAAGCAUGGAAAUAUAUGGGUAACAGAUGUUGGUUCACAUCAGGUCCACAAAUUCUCUCCCAAUGACCUGUCGACACCAGCUCUGACUCUAGGUGUUGCUUUGAGACCUGGAAACGAUAAUAGGCAUUUCUGCAAGCCAACUGAUGUUGCUGUUGACUCCAAUGGAAACUUUUUUGUCGCGGAUGGGUACUGCAACGGUAGAAUUAUGAAAUUUUCUCCAAAAGGGAGCUUAAUCAAGCAGUGGGGAAGGAAAAACAGAGGACGUGGCAGACCUGGUCCCGGUGAAUUCGAUGUUCCACACAGCCUUGCACUUGAUGACGAAAAGAAUCUACUUUAUAUAGCUGACAGAGAAAAUGGAAGAAUACAGUGUUAUAAUACAGAUGGUAAACUCCAAAAAAUCAUUCAUGCUGAAGCUUUUGGAGGCAGGCUGUUUGCUAUAAGUUUUACCCCUUUCAAUGGGGGACUACUCUAUGCUGUAAGUGGACCAUCUCUUCUUCCCAGCGGCCCCAGACCAUCGGGUUUUACAAUUGACCCAAAAUCAGGAAAAGUUCUUGGCAAAUGGAGUCCUUUUUCUAAGGGAUUUGGCAGACCGCAUGAUGUACAAGUUACUAAAGACAACUCUGCUGUGUUUGUCUGUGAAAUUGGCCCGAAUCGAGUGUGGAAAUUCAAUUUGCCAGAAAAAGAAACACAAAAAAUGAUUAAAGAUUCCGAAAUGAGCAAGGAGGACCGUAGAUCUGAGAAAGAGGAUGUGCUACCUGCAGAACCAAAAACCACUUUCACUCAGAAAGGUGACGUCAAAGACAAACAGAAGAACAUCUCUCUACCACCUUACAAAAUAAGAAAGCCAGAAGAUGAAUCAAACCUUAUACCAGCCAUUGUGGUUGUUGUGGUCCUAGCCACACCUAUAGCACUUAUCUGCGCUGCUGCGACCAUCCAGCACUUGAGAUUUAAACAUCAAAGAGAGAAGGCAUUGCGAAGGAGGAACGAGGAUGCGUUGUCUUCUAAGCCGAAACACGGUUGCUUUAGUUGUUGCCGAACAAAGAAGUAUUAUUAUGACCAUAAGCGAGGCUUUGAUAAACUGAUUGGAGAAGAUGACAGUGACGAGAGUGAAGAUGAUUAUUUUGUUAGAAAAGGUGCAAUUUAAAGGGUUAUUAUAUGUCCCAAAUCGCUCCUAUUCCUUUCCACCUUUCUACUCUAAUACCGACUCCUAUAAUUUUUCAAUAUUCUUUAUGAUAUACCCAAGUUGAAUUUUAAAAACCAAAUAGGAAUUUGAAAUUCAUUCAAAAGCAAGGCAGAAACGUUAUCUGUUGGUCAUUUUAUAUGUUUAUCUGUAACUGAUAAGCCUUCCCAAUACCUAUCCAAUGUUUCCCCGAGAAUCAUAAACUUAGAAAACCGAAUCUUGCAUGCUGUACUAAAACUGAUGUAAAUCUCUCAAUUCAGAAAGAUGUGUCAGCAGCUCCAAUCGGUAAAAACUGACGAUUCGAGAAAUAGAAUCAUUCAGGUUACAACAACUUCAAUUUGGCCCCUUCUUUGUCUUUUUUCGUUCUUUCGGCAACUGAAUAAAUUAAUCUUAAUUUUGCAUCUACGAGGGGAGAUGUGUUUUGGUGCUUUUAAGAAACUAUUCUUCGUUUCAAAACAAAAUGCUGGAAAGUGAUUUAUUUAGAGGGAGAAAAUAAAACUUCCUAGCUGGUCUUGAAUUAAAAUUAUAGAACUGGGAAUUUUUUAACUAAGGACGCCCUAAAUUUAGAGAAUUCAAAAUAAGUGCAUGGACAACUUUCUGCAAGAAUUAUGCUAUUACACAUGGCAUACAUCUUUGGUAUCUCAGUUAUUAAAGAUAAUCUUGGGCAACCGACACUGAGGUUGGGAAUAAACACAGAGGGUUGAAAUGAAUGGGGAAGGGUUCAUGACAAAGUCCAAAAGUUAAUGAAUAGGAUAAACGUUUUGAUAAGCGGGGAUUUGAAAAGUUUCUAUAGCGAAAGUGUCGUGGAAGAUGAUUACAUCGACAUUUUAAAUUUCGAAAUUUUAGUGAAAUGGUUUUGUCAAUGAUAAAGGGGAGUUGGAAUAUGUUGCAGAAAGGGGUCCUUAAGAAUCUUUAAAAAUGAAGAGACCCCGUUCAUUUCCCACCUCAGAGUAGUAAAAAUCUUUUAACUGGUUUCCUUCAGGAAUGUUGUCUCAAUUGCAAAUAUUUAUUGUUAAUUAUUGUAAAGUGCUUAGUUUUUCUACAUAAAUCAGUGUAUUCUUGUUUUCUAUUUUGAUGAAAUGCCAGUAGCUUAA